GUGAGAGUAUUGUGAUUGUGGUAAACAUACUGUAUGUGAGGUAUCGUUGCGAGCACUGGCAUUAUAUAGAUUAUGCUAGCCUCAAAUAUCAUCUACCCAUGUAUAUAUAUUUAUGUGGGUGAUUAUUGUUGUGAAUUAAAUUUAUUUUAGUAUUAUUUUAUUUUUGUAAAAUUAUACGAUUGAUUAUGGUUAAUAUUCAUAUAGAUUUAUACACCCCUUUAUAUAGUGUACAAAAUGCCAGUGCUUUAUAUAAUAAACACUACAUAAUGUAUUAAUAAAUUAUGAUUUGAUGAUUGUUUUUAUUAGAUAUAUUUUAUACGUGAUUAAUUUUUGUAUGGAUUUAUGUUAUAAAUAGUGUAUUAAUUAAUUGCUAAAUAAUGGUUACGACUGACAACUCGGGCGAGACAUAUAAACCUGUGACAGGUCUUGUCUACCUCUUUAAUCUGAUCGUAGGGACGGGUGCGCUGACAAUGCCGGCCGCCUUUGCCAACGCCGGUUGGGCCGGCUCUACGGUUGUGGUGGUCGUACUUUGUCUCGUCUCAUACAUUACCACCACAUUUGUCAUCGAAACCAUGUCUUUGGCCAACGCUCUCAUUAAAUACAAUCAACAAAAAGCGGUCAAACGGCGAGCGCCUACUGAUCGUCACUGUGAAGGCCAGUCGUCCAGUCAUUACGAGGCGUCGGCAGCCCUACCGCCGGACAAAUCCUACUCACACUUCGCCAGUAGUUACGAAACGCUUCCACUUUUAGACAGCGAAGACACCGGCGAUGAUCAGCGCUUCGACCGGUCGUCCAUCGGCUCCGGUAACGAUGAUAUGGUUGUCGCCUAUAAGCCGAAGGAACAGGAGCUGAGGGAACGUGUGGUGAACGGCGACCCCAGCGAUGAGGACAUGGAUGAAGAGGACAACUACUUCGCUAUCACACGAAAGGUAGAGUUGGGUGCGAUGGCCGACAUGUUCUUCGGCGCCAUUGGUGUCAAACUGUUUUACGUGACGAUUGCCAUCUAUUUGUACGGAGAUUUGGCCAUAUAUGCGGCCGCCAUUAGUAAAUCGCUCCGGGAUGUGACCUGUUCAUAUGAACCGAAGAAUUGUACGGCCAGUCUAUCGUUGUCCGACCAGUGCUGGACAGGCAUGGAGUCCAUAAGCCGUCAAAACGCGUACCGCAUAUAUCUGGCCGUAACGCUGCUAUGUAUCGGUCCCUUCGCCUUCUUCAACGUCCAGAAAACAAAGUAUUUACAAAUGUUGACAACACUUCUCCGAUGGAUAGCCCUGUCGUCGGGCAAAGCCCGGGCCCGGCCCUCGUCAUUGUCCAUAUCGGGCGUCCCGAACCUCUUCGGGGUCUGUGUCUACUCAUUCAUGUGUCACCACUCGUUACCAUCGCUGGUCACUCCCAUUAACGACAAGCGCCGCAUAUUUUCAUUAAUACUCACCGAUUAUCUAUUGAUUCUCGGUUUUUAUUGUCUCCUAUCGUUUACCGGUAUCUUUGCCUUUAGCCACUUGGAGGACAUCUAUACUCUCAACUUCCAGAUUGAAAAAUGUGUUCAGCCGAGCGCUGAUAAUCCGAUAAAACCGGUGCCGUUUUUGGACUACUUUCUACCGCUGUUCCCAGUGUUCACACUGUCCACCAGUUUUCCCAUAAUAGCCAUCACUCUUCAGAAUAAUCUCAAGACUCUGUUCCAGGCGUGCGGUCGACGAUCGGCCAGCGGUCAGCCGACAUCGUUCAUACAUCGGCGGCUACUUUAUCCGUUGGUGGCUAUUAUACCGCCGCUGAUCAUAGCGUUUGCCACCGAAGACUUGGAGAUUCUGGUGGGAGUUGUGGGCUCUUAUGCCGGCGCCGCCAUUCAGUACAUAUUCCCGGCUCUACUCGUGUAUUACAGCCGCAAGAAGUUUGUGGCCACGGCUUCGGCCGGUUUCGGCGCCGGUAUGACCCGAAUUAUUAUGGGCAGAAAAUACGGUCAUAGAGGACACGGAUGUCCGGCCUUUUUUUGCGGUCACUCCGACCCUCGCUUCGGUCCGUUUGAAGGCUGCGGAUCGUCGACAGAAGGCGGACUCGUAUCGGACGAUCCCAGACAUGGCUGUCAUGGGAUGAGCGCCGGCGGACCCGAAGGACCUUUUGGUCACCACUUUGGACACCAUAGAGGAGGCCAUGGAUUCCACGGUAUGAGAGGUUUCGGACACGAAGGACACCAUUUUGGUCAUCAUAGAAGAGGACAUGGAUUACAUGGCGGCCACCAUAGGCUUCACGGCGGGCACUGGGGCUACGGGUUUGGCAAUCCCUGGCAAUUGGCCGACACGUCGUCAUCGAGCUCUUCGUCCAGCGAUUCAGACUCUGACGAGAAAAAGGCGAAGAAGUUUGAGAAGAAGCAGAAUAAGUGCUAUAAAAAGGAGGCAAAGAAACAGCAGAAACAGUGGAAGAAAUGCCAUCAAAUGAGACAAUGGAUGUCCGCUCCGGAGGGAAACAUCACUCACUGUACGCUAUGUUGGCAUCAAAUCAAGCCAUUGGCCGACACAGAAGUGCUUGAAUGCGGACAUAUCUACCAUCGCUUGUGUCUCGAAGAGCUGUUCCGCAUUGCUAUCACCGGCGACGACAAUAAAACCGUUCAUUGCGUUCAAUGUAAGCAACAAAUCGAUGAACAACUCUUGGAUGAGUUCCAGAAGAGAAUCGCUGGCAAUGAGACCAUCGCUGACGACAAGAAGUACAAGAAAAUCGGCGAAGACUUCGACAAUAAGUACAAGAAAAUCGGCGAAGACUUUGAGAAAUUGAAAGUUAUUAACUGAAAGACCAC